UCGGAUAAGGUUCUUUGUUUACCCAGCUCAGCCAUUUCAGCGUUGCCGGGCUAAUGGUGAGGUGCCAACAAACCAAAGCUAUUAUAUGUUCCUAUUCAUAUUACUGGGCAGAUUUGCAAAAAUUCAAGAUCCUUUAAAUUGUCUCGAGUCGAACAUUUGGUUACUUUUGCCAUUUCACAAAAUCUUGCCAUUUAUUCUCAGAUGCAUUGAUCUCGGACUUUGGGAAUAUUCCAACCCCAAUGAUUCACCGAUAGAAGUCGCAACACCUCAACCAUGACGCCAGCCCCGGGUACUUUGCCUACUCGCUUUCCAUGCUGGUGCCGAGCUAUAUAUUCCUUCAGCGGAGAGUCAAAACGCGACUUGGGCUUUAUUGAGGGGGAUUUGAUAGAAUGCUUGAACGCAGGAGAUGGAUCAUGGUGGAUGGGUCGAUUGCGGAGGGACAAGAGAGUCAUGGGAUUGUUUCCUUCGAAUUUCGUACAAGUGCUGGAUGAGAGUUUCCGACCAACGAGUAGAACAUCGAGUCCAAUGCCGGAUCGAAGUCCCAGUCCAAACCCCUUCAAAAACCCAACAGCUCCGACGAAGCCCAAGACAAAAUCGAUGCGAAAACCAUUCCAAGCUUAUGCUGCGCCAGAUAUGGGGGCAUUAAAGAGGGCGGAAGCUAGGGAAAAGGAACGUCUUGCGACUUUGAAUUCUCGAAUACCAUCACCAGCCGCCAGGGGUGGACAUGAUGGGGCAAGGGCGCCUUCUCCUCAACCCCAGCCUCCUCUAUAUCAGUCGCGGAUGCGCUCGCCAGCACCAUUUUCUCAGAUUCCAAGCCAUGUAUCUCGCGCACCCUCUCCAGGCCCAAGCCAUUAUACAUCCCGCGCUCCCUCUCCUGCGCCAAACCACUAUACAUCUCGUGUACCUUCGCCUGCGCCUAACCAUUAUACUGCUCGUAUACCGUCGCCUGCGCCCAACUAUUACAACCCUCGGGUACCAUCUCCUGUGCCAAAUCACUACACAUCUCGAGGGCCAUCUCCCGCUCCUAACCAUUAUAUAUCUCGAGGGCCAUCUCCCGCUCCUGGCCAUUACAUAUCUCGAGGGCCAUCUCCCGCUCCUGACCAUUACGCAUCUCGUGCGCCCUCGCCUAUUCCCAACCAAUAUGGAUCUCGUGCUCCUUCUCCUGCUCCCUCGUUUGGUUACCAAAGUUAUUCUCGAGGUCCAUCGCCUGCGCCUCAAUUUGACAGAGGAGGUACCUCAUCUCCACCACCACCUCCACCGCCUCAUCGCAGCACUUAUGCUCCCCAAGCAUCUAGAGAUACAUACGAAAACAAUUCGAAUACCUAUAAUAUACCAUUGGCAGUAUCACCAUGUCCACCAUCGCCGGCGGGCACAGGACGCACUCCCUCCCCUUUGCGAAGUGCAAUGGAUGAUGUAAUGCUAUCUUUGGCAGAUAUGGGAGUAGCUCGAGAGUCAGAAAUCCCGGAAGCACCAAUCGACCCAUGGUCUCCUGAGGCAUUUGAUCAGACGUACAUAUCAUCAAAACGUGCACCUAGAUCUAAUACAGCUAUUGCAAUUCCUGAAGAACAUAAUUCAACAAGUGCUGAUAAUUACGCCAAUAACAUGCAACCUUACCAACCUACAAAUACUCCCCCACCACAACUUAGCAAUUACGUUCAAAGAAUGGAGAAUAGAUUAAGUAAAAUGUAUUCCUCGACGCCUCGUUCCCCAAAUGAUGAUGUCCGACCAGCAGUCCCUCCUAAAUCGAGUUCAUAUGCUUAUGAGAGCCGACCAAAAUCGUCUAUGAGUAUAAAUACACAGUCAAGCAAGCUUCGCCACCGGAAAUCUGCAUAUGAAGUUGGUAAAUCUAUGCUAGGGAGGACUUUCACCACAAGAACAGACAAGACAGAUUCAACAAGCUCUUCCUCUGGUACUCGCAGCACCACUACCAAUGGAAGCUCGAGUACUCAAAUGACUGAUAAAAGCCUCAUGAGUGGACCUUCUGCCGGUGGUAUCUCUUCAACUAGUGCCGGAAGCUUAGCCAGAAAGCGGGAAUUGCUGUACGGUCGAGCUCAGAGUGCGCUCGGUUCACGAAAGGAUAACUAUCUAGGGAUGAACAACAGUCAACCUGAUUUCACUACUGGCCGAUCUCAGACGCCAAUGACCGGCAUUUCAUAUCACAGUAGUCAUGCUUCGGAUCCUUCUCGUAUGCAGUCACCAACUGGCUGGCCAGGUUCUGCAGCAGAUGGCAAUGCUGCUCUUGGUGGUCUCAUGACACCCAAAUCCAAGAAAAGCGGGUUCUUCAAAAGAAUGGUCGAGUCCGCUAAAACAGGUGCUGCGAGCGCUAGGAGCAGUAUCGCUGUUGGUGAAUCUUCCAGGCCGCGAGUUCAGGCACAUAGUUCAUUUCCAGCGGGAACUACGUCAAUGGGAGGUGGUGGGUUUGGGAACACACCGAACUCUAAUACCUCUAAUGAAGUUGGACCUGGAGGUAGUACCGUGGGAGUCGAUUGGGUUCAGGUGCGACGAGACAUUAACAGAUCGAAUUCUUUGAGUAAGAUUGAGCGAGUUGAAAGAAAGGAGAGAUGCCAGAUGAUGGAUUAUCCCGCUAUAAGUCCUGUGGAAGAGCUUCUCGAGGGGUGCGAUGGUGACGAAGGAGUUAAUGGUAAACCAGUUGUUGAGCCAACCAAUUUUCAAGCAGUAAACCUCAGCCUGGUUGACAAGAACACAAGAUUCAUCAAUAGUCUUCCGCCCAUGUCUAACCCUAUGAGCCUAGCCACAGGCUAUGUGUGUCGGCCAUAUAGAAGCGAUAUCCAGCGCUUAAGAGCAAUAUUCACAUGGGUUAGCGAAAAGAUCACAUGGGAAGAGGGCUUCGAUAACGAUACUGCUGAUUCAAGAAGGGUGAUUCAGACCAAACAUGGUUCUUCGGAAGAAGUCGCAUUUCUAGUUAUGGAUAUGUGUAAAGCUAUUGGGAUACAUGCAGAGGUUAUCAGAGGAUAUCUCAAAUCGCCUGGUGAAGUACCAGAUAUGGGCCCAAUGCCUCGACCUAAUCAUUUCUGGAACGCAGUCGUAAUUGAUGGAGAAUGGCGAAUAAUGGAUUGCUCUUUAGCAAGUCCUUCUCAUCCUCGACGAAGCCAAUAUACCAGUGCCAGUAGCCAAUAUGCGGAACCCUGGUGGUUUCUGACUCGGCCAAUCGAAAUCUGCUGGACUCACAUACCUGAGCAGCAUGUUGACCAACAUCUCUGUCCUCCCAUGGCACAUGAAAUUCUGCUAGCUCUACCAUGUGCUUGCCCCGCAUUUUUCACCAAUGAGAUGGAAAUGGUGGAUUAUGAUACAAGUCUCAUACGUAUUGAGGAUCUAGAGCUUGUUCACAUCAAAAUUUCUGUACCGCCUGAUGUUGAGUGUGUGGCGGAGGUUGAAGCACGUGCCUUUGAGCGGGAUGCUGAUGGUGAUCUAUUCGAGACUGGCGAGAUUAUUACGAAGCCUGCUUUGGCACAAGCCGAAUGGGUAGGCAGUCAAAAGAGAUAUACGAUCAAGGGUCUACUGCCUGGUGAUGAAGGGUCAGGUAUUCUUAAAAUUUAUGCUGGGAAACGUGGUCUCAUGCAUAGUAUCAAGGAUAUCCCACAUCCGUUAGCGGUCGCAUUGCCUAUUAUUCACUCUGGUGACAAUCCUCCAUACGAGUUUCUGAUCCGACAUCCAACACCUCAUGCACAACGUCAUGACCUUUAUGUCGCUCAGCCACAAUGCCAGCGGUUAGCCAUCAAUAAUACCUUCGUAUUCGCUGUGCGUCAGCAUCCUUCCUCGCUAUCCACGGGAUCUCCAGAUCCUGGGAGAUCCUCGCCUAUUCCAUUUAUACGACCAAACUCGGCCAUGUCUAUAACAAGUUCCUCGGCUUCUGGUUCAGGAACCGGUAAAAAGCCAGCCAAAUUGGCAAUUCAAGCGCCAGGUGGAAAAAUCUUGAGAUUAAUGCGAAAGGAAGAGAGGAAUGGGGGUGUCAAUUUAGAGGGUGGAGAUGGGGGAACUUGGGAGACGAUAAUUAAAUGUGGGGAAAGGGGUGUAUGGAGAGGACUAGUUUUAGCCGAUCGAAGUGCUAGAUGGUGCGUUUUUGCUGAAUGGACUUGCGUCUAA